GGGAAGCAGCGGGGGGCUGCGGGGGGCGGACAGGUGCCCCGCAGCGGGGCGGCGAUGCGGGGCUGCUGGGACGCCCCGGGCUGGCGAGGCUCGUGAGCCAACAUGGGGCUGCUCGGGUCCCUGCACCUGGCUCUCUUGGGGCUGGGGUUGGUGCUGGCUAGUGCGGCGGAGACCCCGGUGAACUCCAGCGUAGGUCUUCUUGAAUUUUCUUUGGGGAAAUUUAGACACUUUGUGCUCAACAGACCCUUUCCAGAAGAAGCUGUAUUGCGUCACAUUGCAAGCAACGUCACAUUUAUAAUCUUCCAAGUACAUUCUCAGUACCAGAACAUAACAGUCUCUUUCUACAAGAAUCCUCCUCCAGAUGCUUCAGGAACAGGUGUGGACAAAGGCCUUGUUUCCAUUCUUAGACCAGAACAGAGUAUUUGUACUUGGUACUUAGAGACUUCUGAUGCUGAUGAUGUCUGGAGUGUGGCUAUUCCACUUUCUUAUUCAGAAAAAGAUCCUAUCCCUGGAGCCUGUAAUCUGGAGUUUGAUUUAGAUGUGGAUCCUAACAUUUACUUGGAGUAUAAUUUAUAUGAAACAGUUAUCAAAUUUGCCCCAGCAAAUCUAGGACAUGCCAGAGGCACAGAUCCUCUGCCCUGUGAUCUGGGGACUGGCCUGGACUCGAGGUGGAGACUGCGGUAUGAUAUCUAUCAGUAUUUUUUGCCUGAGAACAACCUCACUGAAGAGGUGCUACUAGGACACAUGCAGAAGAUGUCUAUGGUGUCUCAGAUAGAAGCCAGUGGUUUCAAAGUUGCUACCCUAAAAUCUAGUGAUAAGACCAUUGUUUACUUCUCAUCUGUCCCAGGACAGGGUGUAAUUUAUAAUGUGAUUGUACGGGACCCCAUUUUAAAUACAUCAACUGCUUACGUUCCUGCUCACACAUAUGCCUGUCGCUUCAAUACGACCCUAGAUAAUUGUUCUUCUCUUGGAAGGCUUUCAACCAAAGUGUUUUUCACCAUUUUUGCUAUUCUUGGUCUCUUUAUUUGUUUCUUUGGACACCGAUUCUGGAAAACAGAACUGUUCUUCAUAGGCUUUAUCUUCGUGGGAUUCUUUUUUUAUAUAUUGAUUACAAGAUUAACUCUUCUUCAAUAUGAUGAUCGCCUAAUUUUGACUGCAGUAGUCGGAAGCCUUGGUGGAAUUCUCUUGGUAAUGGUUUGGUGGAUAUUUGGGUUAAUCCUGAUUUGCAUGCUCUGUGUUGGACUAGUCCUGGGAUUCCUCAUCUCAUCUGUGGCUUUCUUUACUCCACUAGGAGACUUGAAGAUUUUUCACGAUGAUGCUGUGUUCUGGGUGGCUUUUUCUUGUAUGGCCAUUUCAAUUCCUGUAGUUUUCAUAGGUUGCCUAAGAAUUCUGAACAUACUGGCUUGUGGGAUUACUGGCUCCUACUCCGUGGUCUUAGCCAUUGACAGCUAUUUUUAUACUAGCCUUUCAUACAUCACUUUGAAUGUGCUUAAGAGAGCAGUUAACACCGAUUUCAACAAAGCUUACACCAGCGUGCCUUUUCAGACUAAUGACUUUGUUAUUCUGGCUAUCUGGGGAAUGUUGGCAGUGAGUGGAAUUACAUUACAGAUCCGGAGAGAGAGGGGACGACCGUUUUUCCCUCCCCACCCAUAUAAAAUGUGGAAGCGCGAAAGGGAACGCAGAGUCACCAACAUUCUGGAUCCCAGCUACCAUGUUCGUCCACUAAGAGAGAGACUCUAUAACAGAUUAACACAGGUGAAGCAGUUCUUUCAAGGGGAGGAGGCAGCAGGAGAAAGAACGCCUCUGCUACUGUGAAUGGAGGAGGCGACCUGUCAUUGCUUCCCUUUUCUCCGAAGGACCAAAUCGGUGUGAAUGUUUGAAGCAAUGCCUGUCAGCUAUGGUGCUAUGCCUCGAUUGCUUAGGAAAUCCAUAGAGUGUCUGAAGGUCAGCCAGCAUGUACUGCCUGGGAUAGCGUGUUAGGCUGUGUAGGUCUCCAUGUGCUUGUUCACAAGGUUUGACGUGCCUUCAGGACAUUCUCAUGAUAAAGUGGUGUUCAGAGGCAGUUACAGUUUUGUCUACACACUGUUGAGGAGAGUGUCUGGAGGCGGGAAUGGUGUGGAAUGAGUGAGAUGGCAGGAAAUGUCUGUUGAUGGUAAGGAAGCAUUUUCCCAUUUUUAAAUUAUUUGAAAAGAGAGCUUUGAGUUUAAUGUUCAGCUUAAUCCAUUAAAUAUAGGUAAUAAGGAAGGAAAAGUACGUGGGCUGGUGGGGAUAUGAAGUGAAGAAAUGUAUGCUAAGGCCCAUUGUCAUUUCAUUCUUGAAAUCCCUUAAUAUUUCUCCAAACCCCUUUAAUUUUUUCUCUUUUAAUUUGUCCGAUUGUGGUGGUGGUUUAUGCAAAUCUGAGACUGAAUCUUUAUUUGUGGUUGCUGGAGGUCUAGGGACCUGAAAUAUACCCACUGUCAGUACAUACAAAGUGUACUGGGUGUACUUUAAAUUUUAGAGACUAUAUAGAGGGAUGAGGAAAAAAUCAUUUAAUUAUCAGAAGCUGACCAGUAAUGAAGAAUGAGCUUCCCUAUUCUCUCUCAUUAGACGUCUGUACUCUUUCUCAUUAGACUAUAUUGUGGAAAAGGCAACCUUUACUUUUUGGCUUGAAUUAGAACCAUCAUCUCUGAUGUUUCAGCUGACUCAAAAGAGAUAAAAAUGUAUAGAUAACAAAGCCUGAUGACUUAGUUUUCAAAAUCCAAAUAAAUGUCCAUCCAGUGUUGCCUUUUUUAUGGGCAUUUCCAGCAUAACACUGAAAACUUGUAACAAAUGUUGUUUGAGAACAUAUGGGUUUUGUUUUUUCUUUUAGAAAAGAAUUUACACUCUUUAGCUUCCAUCUUUUUUUUCCCCAAAAUCAUACAAAGUUAUGCUGUGACUUAUUAGCUUAUGUUGGUACAAAUAUAUAAAAACUUGCCUGACAGUCUCUUCCUCAAAGCUCUUGUUACCUGGGUGGUUGAAAGUGAAUUUAGUGAAGGGGGGGGGGUGAAAUCCAGUGACACCCUAAAGAUGUGGCUGAUGUUUAAUGAAGAUCAUUAGCAUUGGGACACAACCAACUUUGAGUUUUAUUCCUUUGUAGUCUGAGAGCCAUUUUUUUUCCCGCCACAAGAAGGCACUAUGCCCUGGACUGCUAAAGCCAACCGGCCUCUUGUCCCAGUUCUGCCAUAAUAAUGGACAGGAGACUGACUCACCAGUGUGAAUUUCAAAUUAGUUGGAAUUUCUUGCACAAGAUUAUGUAUGGGUUAACUACUGCUGCUUGAAGCAGUGCAGCUUUCAGCAGUUUUCGUAGUACCAUCCUUGUGGUACUGUUUUCUUUAUUGGAUAGUUUUUGUUUAAUUUCUACCUUUAAAAAUAGUCUUGGAAAAUUUAAAAAAAGAGAUAAAUGAGUUUUUUGUACUAAUUGUCUCUACUGUCCAACAUCACCUCAUUGCAAUGGCCUUUUGGAUUUAAAUGAACCUCAUUCAGAUAUAGAAUUCUGAAACCUUUUAUGGCCCAGGGAUAACAAUUUACACUUCAAAAGCCCCUCCUCCCCCUCCCCUUUUUUACAUUAAGCAUGUGGCCUUUGCCUAUGGGAUGCAUUUCCACUUAUAUUUAUUUGUAAAGUCAAGGUUUGUUGUUAGCUAGGGAUUGUAAGGGUAGGGCACUUAAUUAAGGAAGAAAACACAUUUUGUUUAACUUUCAGAUUGUCAUAAUAUUUUGUGAGUAAUCAAAAGCAGAAAUUUGUAUAUCUUUUUAUAAUAAAUAUGUGCUUCCAAAAACCCUACUCCAGGCUAUUUACCUUAUCUGUUCCCAUUUUUGGAAGAAAAAAAUUAGAAUAAAGCAUGUUCUUUAUUUAACUGUGAAACUUGAUAUCUGGAUUCUUACCCCCUUCACGAAAAGUGUGAAUUAGAUAAUGUAUUUAAAUUUUAAAUCCAUCCAGUAUUAUACAUAGUAAACUCAGUAUGCUCUAAUAGAGGUUUCUUCUUCCAGUUUAUGCAAAUAGCACUUAAGGUUUUUGUAAGUAAAUUGGUAGACUUUUUUUUUUUGCCUGUUUUCAUUUAUAGUGUAAAAACUGGCUUUUGUCUUAUCAUAUAUGAAUUUAGGUUUUUUGAUAAAUAAGAAAUCUUUGACUGCUGACUGAUGUUGAGGGCAAGGAAAGAAUAUUAUAGGCCAUUUUUUACAAUACAUGUCUUUAGGUGGCAUGACUUGACCUUGAAAAUACUGUCAAGUUUGGAAUUAUUUUAAAAUAGGGUCUGUUUGGCUAUCAUUCACUAUUCAGUUUGGGGACAGCAGGUUACAAUACACUUUAGUGUGAGGGUGCUAAAAACAAUCAAUAAACAUUUAUUAAAUACCUACUUUCAGAAGGUUCAGUAGUAUAUAUCUAGCUACUUAACUUGGGCCAUCUUGUUGCACAGGUGGAACAUGGUUCUGGUUUGGGGCUGAAAGAGGUCACCUGUGGAAUCCAGGUAACCAGAUAUGGGUUUUUUCUUUCAUUUUAGCGGGAAGGCUUUCCUGCUUUUUCACAGUGUGACUGCUUGUAAGCAUGGCUCUGCUUUAGUGUUAGUAAACCUGCUUUAUUGGUACUUGUAGGACACCUAUGGGAAUGGGCAGUCUCUCCCUCCAACAUGCCAUAUUUCAGCUUGGAAGAUAUUCUAGGCUAGGGCUGGUUCACUGGGAAGCAGAGUCCCUGAAACUGCUGGAAAGA